GAAGGAGCUGGGAUGGAGGCAGGAUGAAGACACUGUUUGAAGAGAUCAAAGCAUCAAUUAAAAAUAACUAUAACCAAGAUCGAUCAUUUUGGAGGCCUGUUCUUCCUUGGGGAGGAGUUUUUACUAUCAAAGCUGGCCGCAAAGCAGUAUCCUGUACACCCCUCUAUGUUGAAAUCAGACUGAAAAAUACCUGCACCAUAGAUGGAUUCUUGAUGUUACUGUAUGUCAUUCUUAAUGAAAAUGAAAAUUUCCCCAGGGAACUCUCUCUCCACUUUGGCAGGGAGUUUGUAGACUGUUUUCUUUAUUUAAUGGACACCUACAGUUUUACAACUGUGAAGCUGCUUUGGAUUUGGGACAAGAUGGAAAAACAGCAAUACAAAUCUGAAGUUCAUAAAGCUUCAUUAGUAAUCGAUUUGUUUGGGAACGAGCAUGACAAUUUUACAAGAAAUCUUGAAAAUCUCAUGUCUACCAUUCAAGAGAGUUACUGUUCUAACUGGCGCUGCCCGACCCGAGUGCAGGAAGAUCAGCAGCGCACAAUUAGUAUAAAUCCUCCCCAAGAAAUUCCACAUGGAAACUUGAUACGACUGGCUGUGGAUGAGUUAUUCUGUUCCAAGAUUGAACUUUGUGAAGAGCGUGGGUGUGGUGGCUUAAGAGAAUUUUCCCAACGAGUUUUCUGCCAUGGGGCACCCCCUUUUGUUGUGUUGAAUAUGCAGCAUUGGAAACCUGAAGAUCUGGCAUAUGUACCCUAUUACUUGGAUUUAUCUGAUCACAAGUAUUUACUGGAAGGUGCCACUUUAUUUAACAAAGAGGAACAUCAUUAUUCUGCAGCUUUCCAGAUAGAUGGACAUUGGAUGCACUAUGAUGGACUCAGAAAUGUGAAUUUAAUUUUGUUAAAUAAACCCCCAGAGUUUCUCCUCUUGUCAUCAUUGGUUUAUAUUCGAGCAGCAGAGAAAUAAAUAUAGACUGAUGCUGAAUUCAAUUGUUCUCCCGCUUGCCCGUGCCCCCUAGAAGAAGGGCUCUUGUUCUGUAUAUACUUGGUAUCCAAGGAAACGGUUCAACUAUACUAGUUUCAGAGAUGUAUUUGUCAGUGUUUUGCCCCAGGUAAAUGUUUUAUAUGGAAGAUCUAUGCAAAAAUGCAUUUUUAAGUAUUUUCUGGGUUAUUUUUAUACAAGCAUAUGUUAUAUUCAAAUAAAAUAUAUCUUAUGGCCUUUGUAAUUUUUAUUUAUAUAUACCUCAACAGUUUUUACAUUUCUAUCCUUAAAUCCAAGAAAAUACUUUGUCGUUUUAAUUCUAAAUUUUUCUUUUUAGAUAUAUGAGUAAAUCCUAGGGUAAAAGUCAGUAUUUUGGUUAUCUGACUGUAUUUCUUUGCCUUACCUCCAAAGUGCACUAUUGGAUUUAGUAGGAUUUGAAUGUACGGCUUAUGGAUAGCUUAUUUUACCCAUUGCUUAGUUUAUUUUACCCUUUGCUAAUUUCUUUGUGGUAAUUAAAAAAUAUAUUGGAAAAUUUUUUUGUAGAUUAAACCAUUUCAUUGUAGUAGUAAGUUACUAUAACUAUUUGCUGAAAUAUACACCCUCCAGUGCAUUUCCAGCCUCUGACUUCAGUUAAUGUAAACAUUACAAACACAUUAUAUAACAAUCCUAAAUAUCUUACCAUUAAAUGGAACGAAAAUUCUCUACUAAGUUAUUUUGCAGACAAGGCAACUGUCAAAAAUACUAGGCAGCUGGAUAUUUAUUAGUGUUAGACUAACAAUAGAAAUGUGUUUAUAUAUUUAAGAAGAAAGUGGGGUACCUAGUAAUAUUUAUUCUAAUUCAGAUUUUUUAAAAAUUGUAACAUGUGGCUCCCUUGAAACUGCUCACUGACAUCAGGAGGCCUGGGUUUGUAAUGCCAUGGAGGCGAAGUCAGCAUUUGAUGGUUAACAGAAUACGUGUUUUGUUAUAAAUAACCUAAAGUCACUCAUCUUUUUGCAAUUUAAAAGGAGAAUCUUUUCAAGGGAGAAUACUUGAUGAACUAUCAUUAAUUUUAGUGUUUACAUUACAAUAAAAUAACAUCAUUUUGUAUUUGGGUUUGAGAUUGAGUGCAGUAUAUCUGAAGACUUUACAUGAAUGCAGAGUUCACUGCCAAAUACCAAACUGCUAAGGUUUCAUUAUAAAUCUUACAUUGCUAUGGUGCCGUGUUGAGAAAAUUUGCUGUAAGGAUGGGUAAAUGUGGGUGAAAUCUUGCUAACACUGUCUCACUUGGAGUAAAUAUUAUGAAAAUUAUUUUUAAUACAAGAAUAAGAAUGGCAUUUAAAACAAAAUCACCCAGGGUUUAUUUAAAUAGUUCCCCAAGUAUGGUAAUGGGAUUUGAUUGACAGCAAGCUUUUCUACUAACAAUGUAUUGCAUGAAUCAAACUAUACAACAUACAGAUACUAGCAACUACAUACAUAAAUGGUACAGUUACAUUAUUAAUGACUUAAGUUGUUCUUAAUGCAGAUUCUUCAGGGAAUUGCACUUUAUUAGGAUAUUAGUUUAUUGUUCAAUGACUUACCUACCUCACAGGGUUGUUGUGAGGGUUAAGAUGUUAAAAUUUUUAUUACCUUGAACAUGCUAAUAAAACAUAUUUCUACCUCUUUUGUGUA